AUGAGCGUACGUCCCUCCACCCCCUCCUCCCCCCCUCCUCUCCUCCCCACCUACUUUCAAACAAAACACCAACAAACAACUGACCAUACCAUACCACACACACACAGGCCUUCGUACCCCUCAACCCGCGCCCCUUCCUGCAGAACCUCAUCAACGAGGACGUGCGCAUCAAGAUCAAAUGGGGCCAGGAAUACACCGGUCGGCUGGUGUCCGUGGACUCGUACAUGAACGUGCAGCUGGCGAAUACGCUGGAGUGGAGCGGGAGCGGGAAGGAGAAGAGCGAUAGUCUGGGGCAGGUUUUGAUAAGGUAUGUUUUAUUUGUUAUUUGAGGAUGGUAUGGGAGGGGGAUGAGAGGGGAGGGGUGGGAUGGAGAGAUGGGCUAAUAUGUGAUGCAUAGGUGUAAUAAUGUGCUUUGGAUUUCCAAGGCGGAGGAGGGGGAGGGGGGGAAGCAGCAGGGGAAUGGGGAUGCGGAGAUGCAGGGUUGA